UUUGAAGUUUCCCACGGGGACUGUAGUGACCAUAUAGGUUUACAGUAUGCUGCUUUGGUCGCGAUAUCGUUUUGGCUUGAAGGUUGUAUAUAUGUGCUGGAGUUGAAGAAAACUUUAAAUUCAGCAACGUGUGGAUGUAAGUUGGUAGCGAAACCAGAGAAACGGCGAGGCAAAGCGUUGUGGGCAGAAGAAAGUGACGAUGGGCCACCUUUCAAGGAGAGAGUACGGUACCGGCGGUAUGCACAGAGGAAAGGAAAGCCAUGCCGAGAGAAGAUACAGAGAGAGAGAGGCAGAGGGUGUGUGUCUUGUUUACUACUGCUUUCAAGUCUCACGCCCACCAUACGUCUCUUAGAGCAGAUAGGUACGGAUAGAGAGCGAGAGAGACGACGAGAAUGA